AUGUGUAGGCUCUUUGAUGCUAGAGUUCUUAUGUCGGGGAUGCAGGGUCUUGGUGCUGAGAUUGCGAAGAAUAUUAUUCUUGUUGGUAUCAAGUCUGUCACCUUGCGUGACGUAUGGGAUAUGUCUAUCAAUUUUGUGUUUUCAGAACAACAGGAUAAUGAAUACCUUGCUCCAGUACGUCUAACAAAAUUCCUCUAUAAUCUCUGCUUGAAGCUCUGCGACCUUAAUUAUCUUCUAAAUCACAACUGCAUCCUUCUGCAAACUUUUGACAACGCACGAUUCUUCAAUCUCCAUCGUACUAACACCUUCAUUGCAUCAUCAAUAACGCAUAUCAGAAGAAGAAAUCAUAGAAUAAUAAAUUAA